AUGGCCACGGAGGAGAGUCCGAACGUCUCGGACAAGCGCGCUUCACCUCCGUCUUCCGCGGUGAGAGAAAGCAGACGCUUGAACGACUGCCAGGAAGUCCAGCAGCACCCGGACCAGCUUUGGCUGCCCAAGCAGCGUAGUAGCCCCGCUCUCCUUUAUUACAGGAAGUUGUCAUGUGACAGUGAGAUUGACGCUUUGGAUUAUGGUUCUUUGGAGUACAGCCCUGAGAUGAAGCUUUAUCCAGAGCGAACACUCGACAAAAGAUUAGACGGAAUCACCUCCGAGUCUACGAAAAGUUUGGAAGGAUCUUUGAACCAGUUGGAUUUGAUACACGAGGGUGUGGGGGAAGCCAGAACUGGCUUUAACUGUUGCUCCUGCACCCAUUUUAACCGCCGUGACUCGACAAACUCGUAUCCCAGCCCGAGUUUGAGCCUCUGCUCCAGCCCCGCUCAUAGUCCGUCGCUUAGACGCCACGGCGUCUACUGGAGGAGCCGGCAACACUUUCGUCGCUGCAGUUUGCCUGUGUCAAAACAGGAUUUCCACAAGCCAUCACGAGGCUCCUCUCGACGCAGUCCUUCCAGUGAACCCAACUCCCUGGCGUCUUCCCCUUUUAGCUCCCCACUCCUUCAGCGUAACGGUCACUUUCACAGUCACGGAUACAGCUUCUCCAGCUUAGAGCGACUGGAAGGAAACACUUGCUCCUUGGAGAAAUUUUUCCAAUCCGUGACACGUGAAGAGAGGUUGACCCCGGAAAGGAGAAGGGGGAGCCGCGACGGGGGUGACGAAAGUGACGAGGGGUCCGAAGAUGAUCUCCUGGAUAACUCUGAAUUCGUCAGGAACCGUAAGGAGCGUUCCACCGUCCUGGUGAGACGCUUCUUUAAGAAUAAUCAAAAGAUGACCAAGUCGGUGUGCACCGGAACUAGAGCCAUUGUCCGGACUCUCCCUUCGGGACGCAUCUCGGAGUCGUGCUGGGACCGGGUGGUUUGUCGCCUGACGUGGCGACCUAACAAGAAGGAUAUUCUGCCAAUCUUGACUCCCCGCAAAGGAGAAGACCUCCGAAUCUGCAAAGUGAUGUUACACAACGUCUGGAUACAGAUGUGCAAGUCGCCGGAACUUGUCAGCGGUCGCCCACCCGGACCGGCUCGUGUCACCGUCCUUGAUUGCCACUGGAGAUCUUCUUACCCGCUCAGCUUUUAUCUUGUGUGCGGUCAGAGGACGUCUGUUUGCUCCCUUCUGACCGGCGCUCUUCUGGAAGCCACAUCCGCCCUCGGGGCUCGUUGCGCCUUACCCUGCCCGUUUGGACAGUCGCCCAACAGCAACCACGGCGUACUGAAAGAGCGUCAGCUGGCUAACAGCAUGAGCGGCGGCGGCGCCCUCCUCGCCGGCGUGAGCGGAAUUUCCAAGGAGCUGGCCGAGCUUCGGCACCUGGUGCAGUUCCCCGAAGAGAUCGCCUGCGUCCUCACCGAGCAGGAGCAGGAGCUCUACAGGCGGGUGUUGCCUUUGGACUAUCUGUGCUUUCUGACGUGUGACCUGGGCAGUCCGGAGGGUCCGAGCAGGCGGCACCCGGAGCUCAAGGCCUCGCUGUCGGCCCCCGACAUGCCCACCCAGACGGCGCAGCGCAGGAAUGCGGUGGACGACUUGGUGGCGCGCUUUAAUGAGGUGAGUUCGUGGGUUACCUGGCUGGUGCUGACGGCCAGCUCGAUGGAAGAAAAAAGGGACGUGUUCUCCUAUCUGGUCCACGUGGCCAAAUGCUGUUGGAACAUGGGCAACUACAACGGCGUCAUGGAGUUCCUGGCUGGACUCAGGUCACGCAAGGUGCUGAAGAUGUGGCAGUUCAUGGAGCAGUCGGACAUCGAGACCAUGAGAAGCCUGAAGGACGCCAUGGCGCAGCACGAGACCUCCUCGGAGUAUAAGAAGGUUGUCACCAGAGCGCUUAACAUCCCAGGAUGCAAAGUGGUGCCUUUCUGCGGGGUGUUCCUGAAGGAGCUUAGUGACGCGUUGGACGGCACGGCCAGCAUCAUCAGCCUUAAAACGCCGCCCGAUAACACGGAAGACUCGUUAGAGUUUGUGUCCGACUACAGCGGCCAACACAACUUCCUGUCCCGUGCCGGGAUGGACGGUCUUCACGUCCCGGAGAAAGAAGCCACCGUCAGCAACAUUCUGCAGAUUAUUCGAUCAUGCAAUCGGAGCUUGGAGGCAGAAGAUCCUGAUGAGGCAUCUACCACCCCGUCUUCUUCUGGUCCUACGCUAGCUUCUAGAAACAACUCCCUAAGGGACCGUUGCCGCUAUCAGUUCAUGGUGGGCGACCUGUCCGAUUCCGAAGGUGACCUGUCAUCCGAACCCGCAGCUAGCGAAAUGGAGUUUCAGGGCACGGAGGAGACACACCGAGCUUUUUGCCAUGGGACCGAGCUUAUUCCGUGGUACGUGUUGUCCCUUCAACCAGAUGUUCACCAGUUCCUGCUACAGGGAGCCACCGUUAUUCACUACGAUCAGGACAGCCACCUAACGGCCCGCUGCCUACUAAGACUGCAACCUGACAACAUCACGCUUACUUGGGGUAAGCCUCAGAGUGGUGGGGAACAACCACUAGGACUCGGACAAACUGUGGUAGCAGGACUAGCGGAGGGUCUGCUGGACCUCGGUUUGCUGAAGGCUGUGUUCCUUGGUCACCAGGGAGUGGAUGUCCACGCUGUUUGUUUGCAGAACAAACUGAGCCAGAUGACAGUGGAGGAGAACGGCCUCAGCCUGCUCUAUGGCCUCGGUACCACCGACAACAGACUCCUACACUUUGUGGCCCCCAACUACACUGCACAAAUGCUCUACAAGGGUCUCUCAGAGUUGGUCAAUGCGACCAGGAAGUUGAAGAAGUUUCCAGAUCAGCGGUUGCAGUGGCUCCGGAGGCAGUACGUCAGUCUGUAUCAGGAGGAGGGUCGAUACGAAGGCCCGACGUUAGCCCAGGCCAUUGAGCUCUUCGGCGGGCGCAGGUGGAACAUGGGUGCCAAUGGAGGGGAUAAAUCCUGCACCCCGAAAAGCAGUCCUCUCGGGAUUAAUGAAAAAACUAAGAAGAAGAAAAAGGCCCUUGUUAGGGGAGACAGUGGGGAUGCCACAGAUGAUGAGAUGGUUUCCAGGAAAACGCAUAGCUGUAAAGAAGGGUUUUAUCGGAACGGACCAGAGUCGGACAGCAUAGACCAAGACGAUCCAGAUGACAGCUUCCCUGGGCCGUUCUCGCUCUCGUCCAAAGGAAGUCCUGGACUCCUCGCUUCUUCUUCCUCAUCUUCCUCUUCUUCCAGUAUGGCCAGCUCCAACCAAUCCCGCCAGCAAUCCUCUCCAGUUCUUUCAGGGACUACCAAGACUCUGCAAGGGGCGUGGAGCAGCAGGUCGUGGCACGGUCGCGGCAAAGGCUGUUUUAAAGGCUUCCAGAACCUCAUGAUAUCCGACAGUACCAUGAGCUUCAUCGAGUUUGUGGAGCUCUUCAAGUCCUUCAGUAUCCGGAGCAGGAAGGACCUGAAGGAGCUUUUCGACACAUUCGCCGUCCCUUGCAGUCGUUUCUCUCCAGAGUCUGCUCCUCUGUACACCAACCUGAAGAUUGACGACAGGGACGCGGGGCUUCAACCAGACCUCGACCUCCUGACUCGGAACGGCUCGGACCUUGACCUCUUCAUCCGGAACAGGCAGCAGAUGCCUGAAAACCAGAAGCAGAUCUCGGAUGCUAUUGCCGCCGCCAGCAUCGUGACCAAUGGGACGGGAGUGGAGAAUGCAUCACUAGGCGUGUUGGGCUUGGGCAUACCUCAGCUGAAUGAUUUCCUGGUCAACUGUCAGAGAGAGCACUUGAGCUACGAUGACAUUCUCAGCAUUAUACAAACAUUUGAGCCAUCAUCAAACAUGAGGCUAAUGGGCUGGAUGUCAUUCGAAGGCUUCGCAAGAUUCCUCAUGGACAAGGAGAACUUUGCCUGUCGUAACGAAGAAUCGCAAAUAAACCCCGAAGAGCUCCAGCACCCUCUGUCCUACUACUACAUUGAAUCAUCACACAACACAUACUUGACCGGACACCAGCUCAAAGGAGAAUCCUCUGUUGAGCUUUAUAGUCAGGUGCUGCUACAAGGCUGCAGGAGUGUGGAGCUGGACUGUUGGGACGGCGAUGACGGCAUGCCAGUCAUCUAUCACGGACACACGCUCACCACUAAAAUCCCUUUUAAGGAUGUGGUGGAAGCAAUUAACCGCUCUGCGUUUGUCAACUCUGACAUGCCGGUUAUCCUGUCCAUUGAGAACCACUGCUCCCUACCCCAGCAGCGCAAGAUGGCCGACAUCUUUAAGACGGUGUUCGGUGAGCGUCUGGUGACGCGCUUUCUCUUCGAGGGUGACUUCAGCGACGACCCUCACCUGCCGUCGCCGCUGCAGCUUCGCGGGAGGAUCCUGCUGAAAAACAAAAAGCUCAAAGCUCACCAGGCGCCAGUGGACAUAUUGAAGCAAAAGGCUCACCAGCUGGCCCACUUGCAAGCCCAAGCUAGCAAUGGGUCACCAGGUGGCGCCUCGCCCGGAAGCCACGCAAACGAAGAAGAAGAUGAAGAUGAAGACGAGUACGACUACGACUACGAGUCCUUAUCUGAUGCCGAUGUCCUCAAUGCCUCUACUGCCUCCUUUGGGCUGGAAGAUAACCUCCUGGAGGAAAAAGCGGAAGGGAAGAGCUCGGCGGACAAAGAGGAGCAGCCUGUCGACGAAGCGCCCAAGCGGAUGAAGAAGGUUGACAGCAGCACUCAGAGUAAAGGAAAGGUGUUCGACAUGGAGCUGGGCGAGGAGUUCUAUCUCCCUCAGAACAAGAAAGAGAGUCGGCAGAUCGCGCAAGAGCUUUCCGACCUCGUCAUUUACUGCCAGGCCGUCAAAUUCCCAGGCUUGUCCACGCUGUCGCCGUCCGGCUCGGGCAGGGGGAAGGACCGCGGAAAGAGCAGGAAGUCCAUAUUCGGCACGGCUCCGGCCCGCAGCGGCGCCACGGGGGAAGUCGACGGGCAGAAUCGCCCGUCCAGGAAAAGUGGCGCUGAGCGGCUGAGCUGGGAAGAGCAGCAACAGCAGGCGUCGCCGGCGCUCAACCCGCCGACGUCGCUGAGCGCCAUCAUCCGCACGCCCAAGUGCUACCACAUCUCGUCGGUGAACGAGAACGCAGCCAAGCGCUUGUGCCGGCGAUACUCGCAGAAGCUCAUCCAGCACACGGCUUGCCAGCUUCUACGCACGUACCCGGCCGCUACCCGCAUCGACUCGGCUAACCCAAACCCGCUCCUCUUCUGGCUGCACGGCAUCCAGCUGGUGGCGCUCAACUACCAGACGGACGACCUUCCCAUGCAAUUGAACGCGGCGUUGUUCGAAGCUAACGGUGGCUGCGGCUACGUCCUCAAGCCGCCCGUGCUUUGGGACCGAAGCUGCCCUCUCUACCAGCAGUUCUGCCCCACCGAAAGAGAUGUGGAGGGAAGCGCCCCGGCUGUUUACACCAUCACUAUCGUGUCAGGUCAGAACGUGUGCCCGGCCAACGGUUCCGGCAGCCCGUGCGUGGAAGUGGACGUCCUGGGCACGGCGGGCGACAGCUGCCACUUCCGCACUAAGCCCAUCCAUCGUAACACACUUAACCCCAUGUGGAGCGAGCGCUUCCAGUUCAGCGUGCACUUUGAGGAUCUGUGCUUCCUGCGCCUUGCCGUGGUGGAGAACAACAGCUCGCAAACAACCGCGCAGAGGAUUCUACCCCUCGGGGCCCUUAAAGCAGGCUACAGACACGUGCAGUUGAGGACGCAACACAACGAAACCAUGGAAGUGUCCAGCUUGUUCAUCUACAGCAAACGGGUGGAAGAAACUCCAGCAGGGGGCGCUUGUCCUUCGUCACAGUUGUUCAGUCCCGAGGAGAAGCACGCUUCCCAACGGCACAGAGUGACCAUACACGGCACCCCUGGAUCAGAACCGUUCGGCGUGUUCUCCGUCACAGAACACACAACGAGCAAACAACUAUUGGACAUGGUUAGUAUUUCCGAGGGAAACACGGCCGAUUACUUCCUCUGCGAGGAGAAGCUUCUUUUGUCCAAGGAGCGGGGUGAGAACAAGCGCUGCGCUCAGCGGCGGCCCCUCAGUCCUGACGAGACGUUGGUGCGGGUGGUCUCCGGAUGGGACGCCGAGGAUGGCUACGUGGGGAGAAUCUGCCUCCAAACCAGAGAGGAGAAUCUAAACGAGAAGAACGCAGUGACCGAAGGUGAGGAGGAACUGACCACCGGAGGAAGCAGCGGCGGAGAUGAGGACAUGUUCUUGGUCCAAGUGCACGAGGUGUCCCCAGAGCAACCUCACACGGUCAUCAAAGCGCCGCGCUACAGUUCCGCACAGGACAUCAUACAGCAAACUCUAAUCAAGGCCAAGUAUUCGUAUAGCAUCGUGUCCAACCCCAAUCCUAGUGACUACGUCCUCAUGGAGGAGGUCGGGAAGGAUGCCGGCUCCAAGAAGUCGUCCGGCGCUAAACCCGCGCAGCGAGUUCUUUUGGAUCACGAGUGCGUGUAUCACGCGCAGAGUCGUUGGAAGGGCGCCGGGAAGUUUAUUCUUAAGCUCAAAGAGCAGGUGGCACGCGAGGACAAGAAAAAGGGGAUAUCGUUCGCCAGCGAGCUGAAAAAGUUAACCAGUCGUGGGCGCAGCAUGACGACGGGCGCGGCGGCCACGGCGGAAGGCUCCGCCCACAGUAAGGAUGAGAAAGCGGCAUGCUGCGUGGCGCUCACCGAGCUGCACGAAGGGCAGCAAAAAGCAGACUCCUGCCUCUCCUCGCCUCUCGGCCCUCCCGCCGCAUGGAAGCGUCACAUCCUUCAAAACUGGAAGAUCCACAAAUGA